GAUCCUUCAUGAGGGAAGAGGCCAGGGACAGCCAGCCAGCCCCGGCUUCUCUUCUCUUCACCCAUAUUAUUCUGUACUGCAAGCCAGGGAGCCCGAGCAGGGGGCUGCCUUAGUGUUCGUAGGAUGUCCCGUCAUGAAGGCGUGAGCUGCGAUGCGUGUUUAAAGGGCAACUUCAGAGGUCGACGGUACAAAUGUUUAAUUUGCUACGACUACGAUCUGUGCGCGUCGUGCUACGAGAGCGGCGCCACCACGACCAGACACACCACAGAGCAUCCCAUGCAGUGUAUAUUAACCAGAGUCGACUUUGACCUGUACUAUGGUGGAGAAGCCUUCUCGGUGGAGCAGCCCCAGGCCUUCACAUGUCCCUACUGUGGCAGGAUGGGCUACACGGAGAUCUCCCUGCAGGAGCAUGUGGCUGCAGAGCACACAGAGACCUCCACAGAAGUGCUUGACGGCCGACGUCACGACGAGUCCAGCGGGGUGCGGCACGUGAGGAGGAUGUUUCACCCCGGUCGCGGCUUAGGGGGUCCGCGAGCCCGCAGGUCCAACAUGCAUUUCACCAGCAGCACCACAGGGGGGCUCUCCACCAGUCAGAGUUCCUCACAGAGCUCCAACUACAGCAGAGAGGCCAUGGACCCCAUAGCAGAGCUGCUGUCCCAGUUGUCGGGGGUCCGGCGCUCGGCGGGAGGCCAGCUCAGCUCGGGCCCGUCGGCCUCACAGCUCCAGCAGCUUCAGAUGCAACUCCAGCUGGAGCGCCAGCAGGCCCAGGCGGCGCGGCAGCAGCUGGAGACCGCCCGGAACGCCACCCGAGGCGGUGGCCGAGCCAAUGCAAUCCUCAACACCAAUUCAGCCGCUGCAAACCCCAACCCCAGCGCCAACCACAACACCAACCCCAGUCCUAACCCGGGUCCGCCGGAGCCCAACACACAGCAUACUGCACAUAGCUCCCAGUUUCUACUCAGCAGGCUGAGCGAACCGCGGCUGUCCGAGGCCGAGCGGCAGGCGUGCGAGGCCCAGUGGGCCGACCGGAGCCUGUUCGUGACGGAGCUGCUGCUGUCCACGCUGCUGCCCGACGAGGACGCCUCGGCCUCCUCCUCCGAGGACGAGGAUGACUGUCACGGCUCGUUGCGGAACUUCGCCGACUUCGAGGCGAUGGGCUGCGUCGAAGUCAUGACCUUGGACGUGGCGCUGGAAAACCUCAACCUCAAGGAGACGACCCCGGCCGCCAAGACGACGAAAACGACGACUAAAGCGGCGCCGACGAAGAAAGAGCCUCCGGCGCCGCCCCUUUGAUGACAUGGCCGCUCCCUCCCCUAAAAAAAAAAAAAAAAAGAAACCACCAUUGUAACUGGCUGACUGCCGAGUCGGUCCAACUGCCAAUGGAUGACAAAAAAGACUGCAGUUCUUUUUGGCUUUUUUUUUUUUUUUUUUUUUUUUUUGUUUUUUCUCUCAGUGAUUGUCAUUUCAGCUCUGUCGCUCCCCCACUCCACCCCAUGUUUUACGUUGUGUACAUUGAAUAAAAGUAGUGAGACGAGAGAAUGUGAAAGCAGAGCAAAGCGUGGUGGGUGCGUGAGAGAGAGAAAGGAAGAAUAACUAUAUAAAUAUAUUAUAGAAGAAUCUAUAUGAAAGUUGAUAAUCAGUUCCACAUAACCCGUGUUUCCUCUAGCAGAUGAGCAAAGCGUAGCUAGCCGUUCUAAGAGACAAAAAAAACUCGUCACACACUCACCGAGGGAGAGGACCACCGACGCCUCUCCGGUUUAAAAAAAAAAAAAAAAAAACAAGACAAAAAAACGCUGCUGUGUAUUUAUAGUUAUAAAUUAAAGAAGUGCUUGGAUGGUUUACCACAACUUAAGCAUGAGCUUAAAUCACCAUGUGCCCAUUUUUAACUGCACAGUCACCAGACGGGGAGGUCGCUCUCUUUUGUUCGGACACCUGAGUAACUGUAAAGUCAUGGCGCCGGGUGCCGCGUCGCUGGCAUUCCUGCGCCGCUCACACACACACACACACACACACACACACAUAAACACACAUAAACAGACUGUGUUUGGUUACCUUCAUGUCCCCCCUCCUCCUCCCUCCUCCUCCCCCUUUGUGUGACAUCACCUGUUUUGGGUCAUGUGACCUUGCUUUAUAUCGACUGUGGGCACUUUGGUUUUGAAUUGCAUAUCCGGUGUCCGUUUGUGUACACUACAGAUGCUCUACGUAGAAGGCGAUACAACAGAGAUGGAACAAUCUCUCGACCGUUUUCAGGCCUUUUCUAACAUGGAAGGAACACGACGCUGGUCUUCUUACGGUUGUUUUCUUUUUGUUUUUUCUUUCCCCUCCUCUCUUUCUCUUUCUCUUUCUCUCUCUGUCUCACUUUCACUCUUUUCCAGAAGACCAGACGCUUCUUUCUCAAGCUUCCCGUGAUCUGAAAUUAAUCUUCUCUCCAUUACUCAUGAAUGCAAAGAUUUACUCAUCAUGUGACUUGAAGGAGAGAAUCCUGUAUUGCUCUUUCCAUUAAUUUCUCUCAGUCAACAACAAAAAAACACAAAACAAAACAAAAAAAACAAAAACAACGAUCUUUGUAUGCCUCCACUGCUACCUGAAGAAAUGCAAACGUAUGUUUUUUGGCCCGGCAGAGACGAGCCAAAUCACAGGGUAACCCCUUUUCAGUUUGGAGGACAAUAAACAUGUUUUUUGGAUGGAAAUGAACUAACCCAAUCCUGCUCUCUGGUUUGUGUUUUUACUUUCUAUUUUUCUCGGUUGCUAACUUCUUUUGGCGAGCAUGUACAGAAUAUGGUUCAAAAAUAAACACCUAUCUUACAGGUCGA